CAUUUCAUACCGCUACGUCUCCUCUUUCUUCUGGCUCUAGAGCUCGGGCCGCGCUAGCAUUCCAAUCCUCAAAAGAAAAGACAAGAAGAAAAACCCUUGAAGCCAUUAGCUAUGAAGACCGUGAUUCCAUGGACCACGAUCUGGAUCGUGAUCUCAUGGUACAGUUCAAACAUUGGCGUUCUUCUUCUAAACAAGUACUUGCUCAGCAACUACGGCUUCAAGUACCCAAUUUUCUUGACCAUGUGCCACAUGCUUGCCUGCUCGUUGCUAAGCUACGUAGCCAUAGCAUGGAUCAAGGUGGUUCCCAUGCAAAGCAUUGGUUCCAGGAAACAGUUUUUGAACAUCACGGGGUUGAGCUUGGUUUUCUGCUUUUCCGUGGUUCUUGGAAACGUCUCGUUACGGUACCUUCCGGUGUCGUUUAACCAGGCCAUUGGUGCCACGACCCCAUUUUUUACAGCAGUUUUCGCAUAUGUGAUGAGCAAGAAGAUGGAGAGUUGGGCUACAUACCUGACGCUCAUACCUGUGGUUGCAGGAGUCAUCAUUGCUAGUGGGGCUGAACCAAGUUUCCACCUUUUCGGAUUUCUAAUGUGUGUUUCAGCUACUGCUGCAAGGGCGUUUAAGUCAGUGCUUCAGGCUAUUUUGCUGUCAUCAGAGGAGGAAAAGCUCAACUCAAUGAAUUUGCUGAUGUACAUGGCACCAAUAGCAGUAGUCAUAUUGCUUCCUGCCACUUUGCUGAUGGAGAGAAAUGUGGUUCCCAUGACUGUAGCUCUUGCCAGAAAAGAUAUCAAAAUAGUUUACUACCUGUUUUUCAACUCUUCUCUUGCAUAUCUUGUGAACUUGACCAACUUUUUGGUCACUAAACACACAAGUGCCUUGACUCUCCAGGUUCUCGGCAAUGCAAAAGGUGCUGUUGCUGUGGUGGUCUCUAUUCUGAUAUUCAGGAACCCUGUUUCCUUAUUUGGGAUGCUGGGCUACUCCCUAACUGUUUUUGGAGUUGUUCUAUACAGUGAAUCCAAGAAGGGAAACAAAUGACCGUCCUGUUAGCAUUAUCAACAAACUGUUCAGCUAUUGUUUCGGCAGGGGCCUGAUGCUUAUACCACAGAUUCUGCCAAUCAUCUGUUUGUCUAGAAACUGAAAAGAGAAGAAUUAGCUGUUUCAAGCUGUAGUUCCAAUUUUCCUGGAUUGAUUUCCUCUUCAUUUUUAACUUUGCAUGCUACAGUUGGAGCUGGCUCAAAUAAGUCUUCUGUUCCUUUGUUAAAACUUUUGUAUGAGUUGAGCACAGGUAUAAAUUCAUAGAAAUAUUUCUUCAUUGGUUCCUUUUCUGAAGAAUUUUGGGUA